UAUUCGCCUGCUCGCCCUUGUUUCGCCUGUGCGUGCUUUCUGGCAGUCCUUUGCGUCAUACUCGCCCCGAGCCCGCCAACCGGGAUUUCCAGGCCGUUCGCCUUCGAUCCCCUUCCAUCUUGCCAAUCACUUAUCGUCUAUCAUCGCCCUUCGUCAUGUUCUCCACUGGUCGUCGAAGAAUACUCGAUGGACUCAAUCGGAGGUACAUCUACGGCCGUCUGCCAUUGCUUCACGCCAUAAUCUUUCUCAUCGAAAUGGCAGCUGCAAUGCGACUUGCCGCUAAGUUCAACUCUUACUAUGCGGAGAAACCAGUCUUAACCACCAUGGUUACCAAUGCGAUUCUUGGUGGGAUCGCAGACACGGUCGCACAGUUGAUCACGGCUUUCAAAGCGCGUGGAGGACGCCGACCCUCUGAUGGUAACGAUCUCAUCUCGAUUGAGAUCCAUGACCUCGAUAAAGAGAAGCCGCCUGCUCUUGGAGAGCUGGGACAUGCUAGACAUUUGGCGCCGGCCUUCGACUUUGAGCGCCUGACUCGCUUCAUGUCAUACGGUUUCUUCAUGGCCCCAGUUCAGUUCCAUUGGUUCGGUUUCUUGUCCAGGACGUUCCCCCUUACCAAGAGAAACCCGUCGAUUCCCGCUCUCAAGAGAGUGUGCGUGGAUCAGCUGAUGUUCGCUCCUUUCGGUCUGGCGUGCUUCUUUUCCUUCAUGACGGUCGCCGAGGGAGGAGGAAGGAGAGCAUUGACUCGCAAGUUCCAGGACGUUUAUCUGCCAACCCUCAAGGCCAACUUUGUCCUGUGGCCCGCUGUUCAGAUCCUGAACUUCCGUGUCGUACCUAUCCAGUUCCAGAUUCCCUUUGUGUCCUCCGUCGGUAUCGCCUGGACUGCGUAUCUGUCGUUGACCAACUCUUCGGAGGACGAGUAAGGGUAGA